CAUCCUCCACCAGCCAGUUGUGUUCACGGCCGGGAUGUUUGCAACAGUACAGCGGAGACUGAGAGCUGCUUUGAAACAGACUCAGCUGCUGUCUGGAAGCUGGAGACAAAUCACGCAGCGCUCAGCGACUGUUCAAUUACGCGAAGACCACCUCGAGCUCAACAACGGAGGGACAUGGAUGCAUUUAAACUACGUGUGGCUGCGGGAUCACUGCCGCUCCGAGACUUCAUACAACUCCAAGACUAACCAGAGAAACCUGGACACCGCCAACAUAGACCUGAACAUCCGUCCUGACAAGACAAGUGUGGAGGAUGGUCAACUCGUCCUCACAUGGCCUGAUGGUCAUGUGACAAAGUACAGCCUGAGCUGGCUCGCUGAGAACAGCUAUGAGGCAAAGAAGAAGAAGCCCGUCCAGCCUCGCAUCCUAUGGAAUGCAGACAUCUACAACAAAGCAAAUGUACCUGCUGCCAAGUGGGACAAGAUCAUGAGCUGCGAUGACGAAUUAAAGACGUUUCUUCAAAACUACCUUCUGUAUGGGUUCGCUUUUGUAGAAGGCGUCCCACCUACAGUUGAGGCCACAGAGGCUGUUACCAAGAGGGUUAGCAUUAUCAGGGAGACUACAUAUGGAGGAAUGUGGAGUUUCACUGCAGAUUUUUCCAGAGGUGACACCGCCUACAGCACUCUGGCCUUGGACCGCCAUACUGACACCUCGUAUUUCCAUGAGCCAUGUGGGAUCCAGGUUUUCCACUGUAUCAAGCAUGCAGCGACGGGGGGAAGGACCCUACUCGUUGACGGGUUUUAUGCCGCCGAAAAAUUACGGCAGAGGUCUCCGGAAAACUUUGAGCUGCUCUCAAGCUUGCCCAUCCCCCAUGAGUACAUAGAACAAACCGGCAGUCAUAAAAACCACAUGAUUGGCAUUGGCCCUCUGCUGAACGUCUAUCCAUGGAAUAAUGAAAUGUACCUGGUCAGAUACAACAACUCUGACCGGUCAGCGAUAAACACAAUCCCUCAUGACCUGGUUCAGAAAUGGUAUGUGGCUCACCGAGAGCUGACGACGGAGCUGAGGCAGCCAGAGAACGAGCUGUGGGUCAAACUGACUCCAGGAAAGGUCAUUUUCAUAGACAACUGGCGCGUCAUGCAUGGGAGGGAGUCUUUCACCGGCGUGAGGCAGCUCUGUGGAUGCUACCUGACCAGAGACGACGUCCUUAGUGCUGCACGUGGCUUCGGUCUACAGGCCUGAUCCUGGACAUGAAGAACCCUUCACCUCUGUGCCUUGUUGUUUAACCUACUGAGCAUCAUGACAACACUCUGUGCCUUUCACUUCCAUCAAAUUUAAGAUAUCUGUAUACAUAUAUAUAUAUAUAUAUAUAUAUAUAUAUCUUGUGUUGUUCAUGACCUUGACCUAUAAUUUGAGACGUAUAACUCACGAUGACUGUGGCUUUCUUUACGAUAUUCCACGAGUGGUUUCUACACGAUUGGUUUUAAAAUGUAAUGUGCCCUAAAUGAAUAAAGAUAGUGGACACCA